AGUUGGAAGGAGGAACAGAGGGAAGAAGAAGAACUGAAGCAGGGUUUAAUAAUGGCUGCAACGACGCAAAAUGGAGGGAAGGUGGCGACGACGGAGGAGGAUCGCCGGAAAGUUUUUGGUUUGGCGGCGAGAGAUAGCUCCGGCGUUCUUUCCCCCUUUCAUUUCUAUAACAGGAAAAAUGGAGAAGAUGAUGUUACCAUAAAAAUAUUAUAUUGUGGUAUAUGUCACUCAGAUCUCCAUCAAGUCAAGAACGAGUGGAAGAAUACUGUGUAUCCUUCUCUUCCAGGGCAUGAAAUUGUAGGCCUGGUCACCGAAGUCGGCAACAACGUCGGAAAGUUCAAAAUUGGAGACAAAGUUGGUGUGGGCUGCUUGGUUGGUUCCUGUCAUUCGUGUGAGAAUUGCAUCCAAAAUCAAGAGAACUACUGCUCCAAACUCAUACUCACCUACAAUUCAAUCGAUACUGAUGGCACCAUCACUUAUGGAGGCUAUUCUGAUAAGAUAGUUGUCAAUCAACAUUUUGUAGUCAAGUUGCCCGAGAACUUGGCGAUGGACAAGGUGGCACCACUGCUCUGUGCAGGGAUCACAGUCUACAAUUCAAUGAAGAGCUUGGGGCUCAAUGAGGCUGGGAAGCACCUCGGAGUUGUCGGACUUGGUGGGCUCGGCCACAUUGCUGUCAAAUUUGGCAAGGCAUUUGGGAUGAAGGUCACAGUCAUCAGCUCAUCUAUGAAAAAGAGAGAAGAAGCCAUUAAGCAGCUUGGAGCUGAUGAUUUCCUCAUCAGCAGUGAUCCUCAACACAUGCAGGGAGCAAUAGGAACAAUGGAUGGAAUCAUUAACACGGUGUCUGCAAAGCACAAUCUCGUGCCAUUGAUAGCAUUGUUGAAGACAAAGGGGAAGCUUGCCAUGGUAGGAGCACCAGAGCAUCCAUUGGAGCUUCAUGUUGCGCCUCUGCUAUUUGGUGGGAAGACAAUUACAGGGAGUUUGAUAGGUGGAAUGAAGGACACACAAGAGAUGAUAGAUUUUGCAGGGGAACACAACAUUACUGCAGAGAUUGAACUCAUUGGUGCGGAUUAUGUCACGAAUGAGGCGAUGAAGAGGCUCGCAAAGGCCGAUGUCAGAUACAGAUUCGUCAUUGAUAUUGGCAAUACUUUGUAUUCAGUUGAGCAAUUGGGUUGAAGAGUGAGAAUUUCUACCAUCGCAGUGCUUAGUCAGUUUGUCAUUAAUCUAAUGGCUAGGAGUAAUUGCCAUCCCAGAAGGGAUGAGGCAUGGUCACUUGUCCCUAAAACUAUCUUUUUUGAUGUUUGAACAAUCUCAUGUUUAUUUUUAUAAACUUGGUAUGUGAUCGUAUGUUAUUUUUAUGAAAUGUUACAUUUUAAUAACUAUUUUGUGUAGAAAACCACAACUCACAUCACCCAAAACGCAUGCAAAGGUUUGAGCCCCAACUUCUUUAUG